AUGGGCUGUGGGCUCGCUAUUGCAACAAUGACUCGUUAUGGCCUUGGAAGACAUAUUCAAACAGUGUCUGCGGAAGAGUAUGUCCAGUUCACUAAGUGUUUCUGGGUCUCUGUCCUUUUCUACGGCAUGGCCCACCUGACCUUGAAAAUGUCCUUUUUGCUGCAGUAUUACCGUGUGUUGGCCACGAACUUCAUGCGCAAAAUUUAUAUCGCCGGCAUGGUCCUAGUCGCCGCCUGGGGUGUGUCAGUCGUGAUCAUGUCUUUUGCAUUCUGUAUUCCCAUCCAGGGAUUUUGGGACCACACUAUACCAGCCAAGUGCCUUUCUCAGGAAAUCCUUUAUUAUGUUUUCGGAGCGUGUAGCAUUAUCACCGACAUUAUCAUUUUCGUCCUGCCGUUACCGGCACUUCUCAAGCUGCAACUUCCUCAGUCCCAAAAGCUUUAUCUAUUGGGAAUAUUCAGCCUUGGAUUCUUCAUUGUCGCCAUAUCGGUCUUCCGCCUAUCGUUUCUGAAGCUCAAGCCCGAUUUUACAUACUGGAACGUGGUGCCCGCUCUAUGGUCAAUAGGCGAACUGUCGGCAGCAAUGCUGUGUCUCUGUCUGCCGCCGUUAAAGGCCCUUGCCGCCAGGGUUGGCUUGGUCACUACUUCUCAGAAUUGCGUCUCGUCGAACAACCGAAGUAGCCGUAACUUUGGACCAACACACGUCAACGUGUCUCACUCUAAUACGGACGUCACUUCUGAUGUGAGCAUGUCGAGCUCUCCCAACGAGAAGCCUGCUGGUUUUGGCAACUUCGUCAAUGAGACUGAGGUGAAUCAAGACCAACAAGAGCGGAAGAUGCCAGAUUCGUUGCCUCCGGUAUAA